AUGGAAGAUUGUUCUUGCACAGGGAAGGAAACUCUCAAAAUUAUCCAGGAACAUGAUGCUAUACCUUUGAUUUUUGAUGAUAAUUUUAAUAUUACUGAACACAAUUUUGCUAGGACCCAACCUGAAACGGAACCCGAACAUAAUAUGUUGUCUUUAAACUGUAAAUUGAACACCAAAUUUAAUGAAGCAGUGUUUAUAACAAAAUGUAAUGAAAAAACUUUGGAUGAGUCAUUGGAAAAUGUUGUAGUAUUACUUCAUGGAAGUAAUUUGCCUUCAAUAGAUUAUACUACAGUUCUAUUGAAAGAGACUUCUGAUGCACCAUAUUUGAAGAAAAUUGAUUCUUGGAUAGAGAGUAAUUCCGAGGCAAUUGUUAUAGCAGUUGUUGACUUGGACGAGCUUAAAAAUAAUGUUUUAAGUAGAUUGGACUUUGAUGUUGUUGUAUCAUAUAAAAAGAAUGACGAGAUUUACUUGCUGCCAUUUAAAAGUGUUUCAAUAUCAGCCAUGGAUACUAUGGGGGAAGAUAUUGAUAUUUUAUCCCAUAGUGAAAGUAUAGGUAUAGAUCACAAAUCCAUAGUGUUAGCUGUAAUUGCGACAUCACAAAAAGUGGAUUUAAAAUUAAGGCAUGUUAAGAGUUCUAAUGAAGAGAGUAUUGAUCCUUCAAAAAUAUUCCUGAACUACUUAAAAAUGAGAUCAUUACCUAAUAUUGAGAAUGUUGCAAUUCACAAUGAAUCACCCUACCAUAUACUGCAUGGUGUGAUGGUAGUUUACAAAACAAACCUCCUUCAAGAUUACACCAUAGACAUUCAAGUAUAUACAAGACAACCAUCACAAGUCUUGGCUUUAAUCCACUACAUGUAUGAGAGAGUACCACACCGAAUAAUUGUUACCACAUCAAAUUUACAACUUAAGCCAUUAGUAGAUGAAUAUAAUUUAAGUGAUUUUGAAGAAGAAACAGAGGUAUAUACAUAUGAUUAUCGAGACUAUGCAAUGUCUAUUGUGAAACAGAUAGACAUAUUACAAAAAUAUUUACUCAAAUGUUUGGAAAAUAUGAAAGGAAAUGGUGAUCGAAUAGAGAAUAAAGUUGAUGUUACCGCACUAGGAUUACAUGAAUAUAAUAGAUUUAGAGAGGAACUAUUGAAAAUAAUGCAAUCGGAGAAACAGAUAAAACAAGUGAAUGAAAAUGAACUUGAAGUUCCCAUGUUGGAAUAA